UCUUAUAAGCGGAUAGUCUCACAAGUUUACCUGAGCACACACUAUCGAUUGCUAAAUAUAGGUUGAUGACUCUAUAAUUCAAAUACCGUACGGUGCUCAAACAAAAUGGAUACCUUAUAUGUAACCGGACUUCUUAUAGGAAUUCUACAAGUUUGUAGAGUGUACGGCAACCUGAGAUGUCUGGAGUGUACCCACUUGGAAUGGGAACGGAACCAGCAGUUCGAGGGCUUCAUCAACAUUGAACGGAUACUCUCGUCUAAGUACAACCCAGGGUGUAAGCAGAGGAACCCCUUCGGUGGCGCAUACGACCCAAAUACUCCUAACCAACAGUAUCCGAAUCAGCAGUAUCCGAACCAACAGUAUCCGCCAAAUACUGGUACUGGUACAAAUGGACAGAACUUUAUUCCACCUCAGGGCGUCAUGGACACUGUGUGUCCGGUGGCCAGUAUACAAAUUAACAGGUGUGGGUACCUGUUCGGGAACGCUGUUGUGUAUCUUGGAGGAUCAUAUAAAGUUGACAUGACAAUCACGGUCCACAUCCGCAACUGCAUGGAGACGAGACCGGAAAUGGAGAACCGCUGUUACGACCGCGACAGCUCAAUUGGUUACCGCGAACUGCUGACCUACUUACGGAAUAAGCUAGCCUUCCUUUCCCCUGACAUCGAGGUCAGGUCGUUUAUUGGUCACCAGUGCAUCUGUUCGUCCGAUAUGUGUUAUCCAUACGUGACGCAGGCCGCUGGGACGGCUGUGGCCUCAGUUGUGUGUGUGAUGUUGAGUUUGUUAGCGGCAUUGUUUAUACGGUUAUAGACUGUUUAUCAUUGUAUAAGUUGUAUAACUGUUAGUGAAUUUCACACUUUAAAAGUUGUUUGUAUACUAUUAUUGUAAAUUUGUAUAAUUAUUAGUGAUUUUAGCGGUAUAUUUUAGUCAUGUAAAUAUAAUUUUGCGAAAGUUGUAUGACGGUAAUGUUAGGUGACCUUGACAUGUUGGGUGCAGCCAUGUUCGUCCUUGAUAAAGGUCAAGCUGAAAUAACGAUGGACACUGCUUCAUUUUUAGAAGUAUUGUAUAUGACGAGAACUACUUUUACAGAUUCAUUUUAAUGUCAAAAUGCGCCGCGCCAUAGUACGAUGUCUCUUUUGGAAUUAGAUUUUGUUUCAGAUCAUUGGAGGAGUGGUUAUUAUGAAAUUACUAUAAGUUGUUUGCUGUCAUGGACGAUAUAUAGUUUGUUUAGAUUAUAGUGCUGUUGUCGGCCAAAACGACGCCCAUGAAAGGUCAAGGUUAUCAGACAAUAUUGAUCAAGCUUUAAUGGCGAAAAUGAUCCUCAUUACGAGAUAUUUACAUUUUUAGGCGACAAUUUUUCCGUUGAAUGGCGGAUUUUACAAAGUGCUCAUUUUGUUUAAUGAACCCGUUAUUAUGGAUAAGUUUAUAUUGUCACUUGAGGUAUGAACUACUGUUAUGGAAUGAUUGGGUUUGUGAUUUGUACAUAAUUAUACAUAAUUAUGUAUAUGAUAUAUAAUAUCAAAAACAUGCAAGUUAUCUUUUUAGAACUCUUAACUGUAAAUGAUUUGGCUCAUAUACGCUUUCAUCAGCAAUAAACAUAUAACGGAAGUGACGUCAUCAUCUUGUACUGUUAAAUUUUGACACAUUUUUUAUUUCAUAAUCAUAUGGCUUUAAAAAAAGUUACUAAUCAGUUAAAUAACCAGUUUUUUUACCCAAACAAUUUUGUUUUUUUAAAAAAAGAGACCACAUUUUUAUGAAAUAAAUGUGCAUUCAAUAUGUUUAGUUUAUCAUCUUUUUAAAGAUUUUUGAUCUUUUCGUGUUUAUGUGAAUAGUUUUAUUUUUAAAUAAAAAACUCGUUCACUAGAAUACAAUGACAGAUUUUGGCUUUAAAAUGCGAUCGUCAUAAUAUUGCUUACAUAACUUUGUACAUACGUCAUUGCACGUUUUUCUGUCUCUCGGAAUAGAUGCUAUUUGUUCAACAUGUUCAUGAAAAUACUCAAAACUAUGAAAAAAAUAAUCAAACAUUAUUUCGUUUUAAAGUUGUCAUUUUCAAUCAUUCUCCAACAUUUCUGAACAUGCUUCAUAUUAUACUGACGUCACACAUUGAUUCGACCAACUCUUUUUUUAGUUUGUGAAAGCAUGUUUAGUUAACACCAUCCACGUUACAUAACAUAAACUCAUGCAAAUUAACAUGAACACAUGCAAGUCAACAUGAACACAUACGAGUUAACAUGAACACAUACAAGUUAACAUGAACACAUACAAGUAAACAUGAGCACAUGUAAUUUAACAUGAGAACAUGCAUUUAACAUGAACACAUGCAAUUUAACAUGAAAACAUACAAGUUAACAUGAGCGCAUGCAAUUUAAAAGGAACUCGUUCACGUUUUAAAGUGUCAGCAAUCGAACAUUUUAUUCCGUUUGAAAAAUCUUAACAAACUGCUUGUUUCAAUGAUAACACUUCAUCACAGUUUCAAAUUAAAGUUUUAUUGUUAGUACAGUAACUGAGUAUGUGACGGAUUAUGCUCCAGCUUUUAGUAAAGUGUUAGUAACGCUUUUAAAAGUUUGAGUUAUUUUAGUCUAGGACUUAAAAAAUUCUGUUCAAAUGAUUAUUUUCCAAAAGCUGAAAAAUGUAAAAUUAAACAAAAUAGCCAUAUUUCAACGGGGUUUAAGAAAUCAUUGCCACCAUGUGUGAGUCUCGUUUUAACAUUAACGUCCUAGUAAAAAUAACAAUGUAAGAAUGAUCACUUUAUAUCUAGCUUAUAUACAUUUAGUUUAUAGGAAUGUCCGAACUUUUUACAUUUCAAUAUUAUUUAAUUAUUAAUAUAAUGACUAAACAUCCGUGUACGUCCGACUAUAUAAUGAAAUGUCAAUUCAUAAUGAGUUGUUUGUUUUUAACGUGUAUCUGUUUAUCCGUUUGUUUUAAAAUAAACAUAAAAUGCAAUUGCUUGAACUAAAAUUUCUUAAAAAAUAACCGUAUGUGAAUAUUUUCUACAAUGUAAUAAUAACCAUUAAUGAGAAACUAUUUUAACGUCCAGUUUUGUUUUUUUUAAACUGGGUUCGCUAACAAAUCGAAUCGCUUAUAUAAAAAUAUUUCUUUAAUACAUUCGCCAUAUUUAAUACAUGUAAAUACUAUAAACAGUUCUGCGUUGAAGCAAAUUUUAAUAUGAUAUCAUUAUAUUGCCAUUUUAGUAAAUACAUUUUUUUCCAUUGUAUAUUUUUAUUAUAUAUAAUUGUAAUGCUCUUCAUAUAUCCCCGUGUUAUGAAUUCCAUUAUUUGAUUAUUUAACCUCAAUCGCUUUUAACAAAAUUGCAGCAAAUUUCAUUUUCUGAUUCUUUUCAAAAUAUAAAUAUUUUUUACCUAAGAAAAUAUUUUUAUAGAAAGUUAUUCGUAUUUGUCUUUUUCCAGUGUUUUUGUCACCACACAAUUUUAAUUUAACAAUAUAUGGUGUUUUUAAACUACCGCUAGAAUGAAGGUUUAAACAGCCAUUCUGUCUUUAUAAAAUGAUGUAGAAUUAUUUCGGGCAUUUUAAACUUAUUUAUCAGUAAGAGUGCAUGCUCGAAGUGAUGUUUAAACAAUCACAUUUGAUAUCCACGAAUCACUCAUGACAGUGUUCUGUACAAACUUGCUGAAAUUUGUGAUAUUAUUAUGUUAUUUUCUUUUUACAUAUACGUACAUGUAUUUUUCUUUUUAUUUGAAAAUAUUUGUAUAAUUGAAGCUAGUUGUAAAGUGUAAGUAUAAAUAUUGAAUUUUAUAAACCCUUGGCUUAUCUAUGUAACGAUGUAUGAUAAAAAAUAUUGUCGACUCGAUAAGAUAUAACACGACAUUUUGCCAAAGUUCAACUUUUUGUGUCGACAAAAAGUCGACUUAACGACUUAAUAUUAGAUUAAGUCGACAGCAUGUCGUGUUAUGAUUCGUCAAAUCGACAUUAAACAAGUCUACAAGAUUCUAUGCUCACGUCAUCAGUUUAUGUGGUAUACGCUUCCAUGCUUGACACAAUUCCGUUUCUUCGAAUGAAAUGUUCCGCUAUUGUAUGAUACUGUUUAAUCUGUGAAAUGAUUACAAUUAAAACACUUAAUCUCAAGUGACUUUGAGCAAUACAGUCGAGACUCUAGAAUGGUUUCAUAGCUUUAAUGCAUACCUAUAUGAUUUUAUCAUAACAUUUUUAUUGAUUAUUGAAUAGUGCCAUUUUCUAUUUUCCCAUUAAAUGCAGACUUUACUGAAACAUUAAUAAUCCUUUAAAUUUAAUCACUUUAGCACGAGUUUUGAGCAUGGUUUACGAAAUAAACUACAAUAAAAACUUC